UACCCACAAUUCAUUUCAGCAUUAGGUUAAAGUUGACGUGUCGUGUACCGGCAUCGGAAUUAGCACUUAGCAUGAAGUUCUAAAAAAUGAUCGAUUUCUUUACAUCUGGUGUUUGUGGCAGCAGAGAAUGUUGUAGUUUAGAGCUAAAGUGAAAUGUAUGUGUUUACAUGAAGUCCGCUGCCAUCAGUGAGAUUCAUCCUGACUGCUGUGGUGGAGGGUUUGAUAAAGUGGACAUUAGUAAGGCAGACAUGUUUGUGCUGAAUGAGAUAAUGAAGUACAUUGAUCUGACUGGGCCCAGCUUCUGCUUGGCUGUAAUCACUAUCAUCUUCAACCCAAUCUUCUGGAACACGGUUGCCAGAUGGGAACACAGAACACGAGGUCUGACACGCUUGUUCAAAAGCCCGUACGUGGCCUGCUACAGCCUGGGUGUUGUCAUUCUACUUCUCAAUGUUUACCGCAGUCACAGUAUUACAGUUGCUAUGAAGGAUCAACCCAAGCUGGAGCUGCUGGACAGAGUGCAAGUGUAUUACAUGGGCACAGCUCUCGUGCUAGUCGGCUCACUGUUUGUGAUCAGUAGCUUCCUGGCCCUGGGCUUCACUGGGACGUUCCUUGGAGAUUAUUUCGGUAUCCUGAUGGAGCAGAAGGUGACUGGCUUCCCAUUUAACUUCAUGGAUAACCCAAUGUACUGGGGAAGUACUGCGAACUACCUAGGCCUUGCCUUAAUAAAGGCGAGUCCUGUAGGAGUUCUCCUCACCGCAGUCGUGGCAUUGUGCUACAAAGUGGCCAUCGCAUACGAGGGACCAUUCACUGAGAACAUCUAUCAGCAACGGAGCCUGUCCUGCAAACGCAAAUAAUUCUUGAGUGUGUUUGCUUAAGGAUCACAGCAGAGCCCCAGACUGGCCAGACUCCACUCUAAAUGUACCUGUUUAUGAAAAAGUGGCAGUGAAGAGUUACUACAAUUCCAAAUCAGAAAAAAAUAGAUUAUUAUUCAGCUGCAUUUUAUGUCACUUGGGAAUCUGACACCAAGACUUUCAGAUCAGACUUUAUGACAAUUUGCUAAAGGCAGAAAGUAACUGACCAAGUUCAACAAAUAUAUACAGUAUAUUCUGUUAAUUAUUCAGUGGUUUGGGUAAAUAAAUAUGAGUUUGUCAAUUGGGUAAAACAUUGUGUUCUGUAUAAAUUGUGUCUUGUAACAUUAUAAAUUUACCUUUGAAGCUUUACUCUUCAACUUCUUAUUGUCUUUACUCAUUCACAUACUUUACAUGUUAAACAAUACGAAGUAUAAUUAGGAACAAAAGCAAUUUGUUGGGAAAGUAGCUUGGCUCAUUUGCCAUUAAAUGAUUGUUUUACUGCACAUUACUCAACAAAAAUAAGUGUCUCAGAUCCUGGAGAGUCAUUUCCCAAAUGCCAUCUAUGGAAAGUCAACAAAUCAGAUUUUUCCUGUGCCCAGCAAGUGCUGCAUCAUGGCUGAGUGCACAAACCCACUCAUUUUAUGGCUGACUGCAUUGUACAUUGCACACUUGUUCAUUAUGAUCACAUUGUCCUUCGUCCAGUAUCUCCGUGUUACACUCUUUGUAUAUCAGCUGAACUUCCUAUAUUAAGGUUUUUCUGAACUCAACUUUCCACUGUAGAGCAUGAAUUUCUCCAGUUUUACUGUACAAUUAAAACCAGCCUUAAAUAUUCUGGUGAAUUUAAAAAAAUUUUUUUUUUUAAUAUUUUGUAUUUAAAAUGCAAACCUACCUUUUUUAGAAAUAGAGUAUUUUUGCCAAGUUAAAAAGAUCUGUUCAAUUUUUUGCACACAUAUACACUAAAAACAAACCUGUUUCCUGUGUAAUGGAAGGCUUGUUGUUUUACUCAUUCAUUUGGGACAUAGCAGAUGCUGAGUGAAAGGUGACAAAAUUACACAGUGAAGCCGAGAGGCACAAUAAUGCACUACAGAAUACUGUGCUAGGGGCGGAAAAAACAGUCUUUUCAAAUUUCUGCUUAUGUAAUAUAGCGGAGCAGCUAAGCAAAACAUUUAUAUGCUUGUAUAUUUUAAUGGACUGUAGAUCGGUCAGCCUCCUCUGAUCUCAUUCAAGUGUUUCAGCCUGCAGAUGUUUUUUGUUUUUCACACCAUUGUGUGUGAACUGUUGUUUUUUUAAAAAAAAUCCCAGAAUUUUCAGUUUCUGAAGUACAAACCAGCCCAUCUGUCACCACCUCCACCACAGUUAACGUCACAUGGAUUUCUUUGUUCUGAUGUUUGAUGUAAAUAUUCUGUGAAGCUCCAGACCUGUACCUGCAGGUUAUUUGUGCAUUUCACUGCUGCCACGUGAUUCUCUUAUUAGACAACUACAUAAAUAUACACGUGUUCCUAAUAAAGUGGAUGGUGAGUGUAUACUCUGUAUAUAUUCUGUAUACAGGUGCUCGUAAGAAGUACAAGUACUCUCCUGUGAAAUACUCUCUGGAUGUGGAUAAAAAUGAUGAAUGCAAAUAAAGAGUGUUUUUUUUACAUG